AUGGGCUCCAAAACGAAAACGCUGCUUGAGGCACUCGAGGAUAUUUGCAAUGUCGACGUAGAUGCAGUCGAUCCCCGUGUGUCGACAGCCAUGCCAUUCAAGCCGCACAAUCAGACAUCAAACCAGGUCAUUUGCGCCAACACGAUGGUUUUGCCAGAGUAUCGCGAAAUGCUUGUGGCAAAGACCAAGGAAUUUGGCGACCAGGGCUGGGAAGAAGUGUUUACUCGUGUUAUGGUACAGUUCUGCGCCGAUAACCUAAAGAACAUCACGAAUCGCGUGCUGGUGCAAGUUUCUCCUUCGCGUGUCUACAGCAAAGAGAAAGUCUUGGAAGCAUGUUAUGCUUUCGAUCGCGCCUUUAAAGACGUGGGCAUCGGACGAAACCGAUACGCAAUCAAGAUAUCCACGACCGGCCCCGCCAUGGCCGCCGCGGCGCAGCUGAAUAAGGAGGGCAUCAGAGUUCUCGGCACCUCGCUCUUCAGCCUCCCACAGGCGGUUGCCGCCUCGCAGGCUGGUUGUCUGUACAUCAGCCCGUAUUUCAACGAGGUUGCAGCAUAUGAAGAUGAUUCGCACAUGUACAAGGGCUCUGACCCGGCCCUUGAGCAUCCCAUGGCGCCGCGUCUGAUUCACGUUCUCGAAGCUUACACGAAGCUGUACGAGGAGACUGGCAAGGACCAGCCCAUUAUUGUCAUUGCAAGCAACGCAAACGUCAGCGAGGUACUGGCCACGGCCGAGCUUGGCUGUCAACACAUUACCAUCCUCGCCCAUCAUCUCAAAGAACUCCAAGAGACUCCAUUGGACGAUGCGGCAUACGAAAAGUACCCAUUCUUGAAGAAUCCUCCUGCCAAGAAGCAAGCUCCGUACUAUGCCAAUUUCAAGACGGCCGAAAGAUUGAGGGGGCAUGCAAAUAUUGAUCCUCUGGCUGGGGAGGAGUGGAAUGGCCAACUCGCGGAUAUCCACGCUGAUUAUCUGGCCGACAAUGGCAAGCUUCUGGCAGAGUAUAUGGAAAAGGACAAGGCUGUGGUCAGGAAGAUGAAGGAUGUACUUGGUGCUUUCAAUGGUGGGGACGCGAAAGCCAAAGAGGCCAUCGAAGCCGAAUUGGCCAAGCUUCGAUAA